AGAGAGGUGGCAGGACUUGGUGUGUAUGGGACCUGAGACUCAGGCAGGGGAGAAUGGUGUGAGCCCAGGCCUGCUCUCUCUGAUCCAUCCAUCAUCCAGCCUCGGGGAGCAGAUCUGGAAUUAGACAUGCACGGGCCUACACGGUCCUCAGCCCCCCCACCCCCGGAAGACAAAUGGUGACAAAGACCUUGAAUAAAAUUUGUAUUUAUGGUUGGAGGGGAAGGCCCUUCCCCCACUGUCAAUCCUUUCUCUUCCAAUCCUUUCAGCCACAUAAGGACCUCCCACCAUCCACAACACAGGCCCAGCCUCAGCAUCAUUAUGAGGUGUGUGUGUGUGUGGGGGGGCAUUCAGGGAAGAAUUACAGGAAAGGAGGGAUGAAGAAAUCACAUUCUACAUCAACAAUUGUACCCUGGGGUGCCUUGUACCCUCCAUUUUACACAACACAUUCCAGGCAUCAUUCUCCUGGUUUACCCUACUCUUUAAGAGACCUUUGCCUCUGCAGAACUCUAGGGUCUCCAAACAACGCCACCUUGUCAGGUCUAGAACUCCCUCUCCUAGCUUCUGGCCUGAGGUCUCCAGAGGGGCCAGGCCUAGGAAAGGAUACAGCCAAUAUCUUCCUCUCUGGAUCCUGAUCUACCCAAGCCAUUUUUCCCUCUUGGCCAUCCUGAAAGCAGACACAGUCACCUCUUAAGGUGCCUAGCAUCUAAUCUACAUUUAAGUUGCAUAAAUUUGUGUAACCAACCAAACAUCCAUUAUCGGGGUCUAACUUCUCUGGGCUUCCUUGGACAGCAGACAUAUGGGGAAAGAGGAGGGGGCUGAGACUUCUGGGGCUGGACAACUCUGGGACUAGGGCAGAGGUGGAGUUGAGCUGGAUUGGGCAGGGCAAAUGAGAUUAGACCUACAUUCUGACUUUCUCCCCAGGAGACUCCCUACUCUUCAAUCCUGAGAUAGGAAAAAUGAGGUCCCAAAUUUGUGGGGUCCCAAAUUUGUGGGAUAAGAGGUGGACGAGUACAAAUACCUCCCUUCAAACAGCCCUCACACAAACAAACACAAAGACUAGACACAAUCCACAAUCCCACUCACCCAGGACACACAAGGCCAGGAUUCCGUGGCCACUUCCACACUUUCCAGCGCACUGUCACAAUGCACAGGCCCAGAGUCUACCACUCGGCUGGCAGAACCGCCCCGCCCCCUCUUCUUCCCUACAGUUGAUAUGUCACAUUGGAGUCCGAACACGGACCUGGGUGUCUCUCUGCAGCGCGCCAUUUACAUUUCUCUCUGGAUCUGUCAACCUGUCUCAGCUCCAGUCUCUCUCUCUCUGUCUCUGUCUCUCCCUCUCCCCCUCUGGAGCUGUCAGUUAGUCUCUUUUCUUUUCGCAGCUUUGUCUCUGUCUCUAGGUCUCUAUCUGGUUUUCUUUCUCUUUGAUUUCUCCGUCACCUUCUCUGCUUUUCUGUCAGUUUCCUGCUCGCUCCCCCAAGCUGGUCUGUUUCUCCCCGCUCUCCCAAAACUCUACUGCGUAGCGCCCCCAAACCCUGGGGUCAGGGUGGGAGUGGUUGGAAUUUUGCCUUUUCCAGUUCAGGUCAACAAGUAUCUAUUGAACCCUUUACCAUGUUAACUAACACGCGGUAUUUACUUGAGAUCGUGGAGGGGUAUAUGGUGGCAAAUUUCUAUAUUUUCUCGCUUUUCUUGUUUUGAUUUUCGUUUGUGGUAAUUCCCCUCUCUCCGCCUCUUUUUAGCUCCUCAGUCCACCUCUGUCUUCUCUAUCUGGACUCCUUUUUAUCCUAUCGCUGUUUCUGGCUUUUUCGGGGCUCUGAGAAUGCCAAACUCCCUAUAGAAUGUAAAAGUAAAGAUAAGGUCUGUGACCAGGAAUCCCUGCGGAACCCUCAAAGCUAGCCAGGAACGUAGGAGAGGGGAAGAGGGGCACCCUGAAUGUGUGUGUGUGUGGGGGGGUUGUGUGAAGCAACCCUGCCUGCCCCGCCCCCGCGCUUCCCACACUGGGCACCAGGGGUCGCUCAGCCUUCGGCCACUUAUAGUGGCUCCCGCCGCGCGGCGACUCACACCACCCGCACUGCCGCCGGGGGAAGAAGGGGAGGAAGGUUAGGGACGCAGAGAGGGAGAGCGAUUGCAGGAGAGAGACGCCAGGCCAGGGCUCUAGCAAAGGCUGCGGCCGUGGCUGGAGGAGGAAGGUGGAUGAGUGCUUUCCAAGAGGUAGAGCGCAAAACCUAGGAGAAGGUCGCGUCCAGUGGGCGCUACCCGCAGCUCAGAUAGAACCCGGGACGUCCGGGGCGCGGGGAGUAGUCCCUGCUCCAGCCAGGAGCGAUUCAUUCGUAUGGGUAGCCUAAGACUUAGACAUCGCCAUCCGUGAAAAAGCAGCUCUUUGGAGAGCAGGUAUCCUAGACCUGUAAGAAACCAGCCGUCCAAGAAGCCGUGGAUUCAGGCGUCCCGGAUCGUUAAGACUGCACAGGAGGGUAAUAGAAAACCACGGGUUCUCAACAGUCUGGAGCUGCCCCUGGCCCACCCCACUGGGAGACUUCCGCUUUGACCGACGGUUUGGGGAACGGCACCGUUGCGGCGGGCGCCCACAGGGGCCGGGGGGCCGGGCGCGACCGUCGGGGGGAUACAGACCCAGGCCCGAGCCGGGCCACAGCCUCCUGGGCCCGCGGCGAGCCCCGGGCCUCUGCCGCCAUUGCGCCCAAAAGUGAGGAGGAUUUGCUGGCCCUGGCCGCGUCGCGGCUGAGCCGCCGCAAGCGGGUGGCAGGCGCGGCCGUCGGGGUGGCCAUGGUGCUACUGCUACUGGUGGCCAUCCCGCUGCUGGUGCACAGCUCCCGCGGGCCGGCGCACUAUGAGAUGUUGGGUCGCUGCCGCAUGGUGUGUGACCCACAUGGGUCCCGAGGACAGGGAUCCGACAGCACUUCUGCUUCUGUGCCACCCUUUCCCCCAGGUGCCAAGGGGGAGGUGGGCCGGCGCGGGAAGGCAGGAUUGCGGGGGCCCCCGGGACCCCCAGGUCCCAGAGGGCCCCCAGGAGAGCCCGGCAGGCCAGGUCCCCCUGGCCCUCCGGGCCCAGGCCCCGGCGGGGCAGUGUCCCCAGCGGGUUACGUGCCUCGAAUUGCCUUCUAUGCGGGCCUUCGGCGGCCUCAUGAGGGUUAUGAGGUACUGCGUUUUGACGACGUGGUGACCAACGUGGGCAACGCUUAUGAGGCAGCCAGCGGCAAGUUCACCUGUCCCAUGCCUGGCGUCUACUUUUUUGCUUACCACGUGCUCAUGCGCGGCGGCGACGGCACUAGCAUGUGGGCGGAUUUGAUGAAGAAUGGACAGGUCCGGGCCAGCGCCAUUGCUCAGGAUGCAGACCAGAACUACGACUAUGCCAGCAACAGCGUCAUUCUGCACCUGGAUGUGGGCGACGAGGUCUUCAUCAAACUGGACGGCGGGAAGGUGCAUGGCGGCAACACCAACAAAUACAGCACCUUCUCAGGCUUCAUCAUCUACCCGGACUGAGCUGGGCACCAUUCCCCCUGCACCCUUGCUCGCUUACCCUUUGGCUCCAGCCCUCACCCACCUCCUGGGGUCCUACCCAAGGCAACACCCUAUCAUUUGAGAACCGGCCAUGGCGGGGUGGAACCUCCUGCUCCUGGAGGCACCCUAAAUAGGCUAACUCUUGGGACUUGAGGGUAGGGAGGGGAAGAGGCCAGAGGAGGAGCAAAGCGGCUUAGGGAGGGACUAUCCCAUGCACAGGUGUGCCAGUGAAAGCUGAGAGGUGUUGGCCCUCCUCUCUUUGCCAGUAGCUGGGAGGCAGCCUCACUAGUGAAGCUCAGAAGCCCUGUCAACUUGUUAGGGAAAGACAGAAAAAGGAACCCCUCUAGUGAACAGGGUAGAGGCUGGUCCUCGAUAAUGACAGUUUUCUCUUGCCACGCCAUCUCCUCCUCUCUCAUCUCCAUUUUCAGGCUCCAGCUUUGGCAGCCUUCCUGUUAACUGGAGGGACCAGUGAAUUCUUUCCUCACAUUCAAAACUCAUUUUGUAUAGUCCCCAUUACACUCCUCUCUGGGCUAGGCCCUGGGGCUACAGCUGCUGUUGCCUCUUCUAAUAAAGUAAGGUUGGGGGAUUGU